AUGGGCUUCACCGGAGUCGAGUCUUCAUUGUUUAGCCAUGGCAAGAUGUACUUCGACUGGCUUGGAAGGAAUCGUUUCUGUCCUGGCUGCGGGUCGAAAGUGAUCCCAAUUCAUGCUGGCGGCAAACUCAAGUGUACCAACGAAGAGACUGUUGGAGAGGGAGACAACAAAAAGUACGUCUGUCCCGUUAGGAACACGAGGGUUUCUAACGUGUCGUUCCCUCGUACUGAUGCUGUUGUCAUCACAGCAAUCACGAACAGAGAAAAGAGCAAGGUUCUUUUAUCUCUCAACAAGCGGUACGCUUAUUCCAAGAUGUAUUCGUGUACUGCCGGCUUUAUGGAACCAUCCGAAACCGUCGAAGUUGCAGCUAAGAGAGAAAUCUGGGAAGAGACGGGUGUGGUGUGCAGUGAUAUUAGGAUCCAGAUGACUCAGCCUUGGCCAUUCCCCGGUAAUCUCAUGAUUGGGUGCAUCGCUACAGUCGACUUCAAUGGUGAAAACGAGGUCAUACAGUUAGAUCACGACCAGGAGCUUGCUGAUGCUCGUUGGUUUGAUAUAUCAUUCGUCAAGAAGCUCAUUGACGACAUAGAGGACGAAGAAACUUUGUCCGAGGGCAUUAUUUUGCCAACAGACGUGUCAGUUGCGUAUCACUUGAUCAAGGAAGUGGUUGAAAAGAACGAGCUGAAGCUUUAG